AUGUCGGAUGGGGGGAAUGUUCUUGGUCGACCAGGGGAUUGCAACAACUGCAUAGAAACUGCCAAAAGCAACUUUCAUUGCUCCGCGUCCACUGAUGCCUCUGCUGCCCAAAAUGUUCCGGUACCAGUUCCAGACCCUGGUCUUAAUGCUACCGUAGGUGCUGACUCAGUUCUUGCCCCUCCUGUUGGUACGGAUGAACAAGACGAUGACAGCUCUGUGGAGUCCGCCUCGGUGAGCGCUUCUGGCAACCCAGAAAAUGAAGAAAAUCUACUUGUCGAUGAGUUUGGCUUCAUUAUCGAUGAAGAAGAACAUGAUCGGGUGCAGCGGUACAUCAGAGGCAUUGACGGUAAACGUGUUGCUCGGCGCGAGGUGAAGUGGCAGAAGAUGCAGGCGAACUGGGAGUCAAUGAGCAAGAAACGUCGUAGUAAAGUGAAGUCGCGCUGCCGCAAGGGUAUUCCAUCUUCUUUUCGGGGUGCAGCGUGGCAGCUAUUGAUAGGCUCGUACUUGGAAAUGCUGAACCCCGGCAACGAGGGCACAUAUGAUUGCCUUCGCCUCAAAGAUAUCUCGGAUGAAGGGUUGAAAGGAACAAUUUCGCGGGACCUUCCGAGGACCUUCCCGAAGCACGUUUUGUUUAGAGAAGAGGGCGGUAUUGGACAGACAUUUUUGCGCAAUGUACUUCACGCCUACGCUAACAUCGACCCGGAGGUGGGGUAUGUGCAGGGCAUGGCAUUUGUUGUUGGUGCGCUCUACACGCAGAUGACCGAGGAGGAGACAUUUUGGGCUUUGCACACUCUCAUGAACGGCGAAAAGUAUCGGUUGCGGGAGAUGUACAAACCGGGGUUUCCUAUGCUUCAUAAACUUUUCUACCAGUUACAGCGGUUGAUGGCCAAACUGCUUCCAAACCUAUACGAGCACUUUGAGGAGCUUGGUGUUCACCCAACAUACUAUGCCUCACGGUGGUUUAUGACACUGUUUGUGUAUGACUUUAACUUUCGUGCUGUGUUGAGGAUUUGGGACAUUUUUUUGAGUGAGGGGUGGAAGAUUAUAUUUCGUAUCGCUAUUGUUUUGCUGAAGUUGGAGGAGCGGCGAUUGCUUGCCAUGUCUUUUGAGGAGAUCAUCUUUGCAACGAAAACUCUUGAACAGGGCAAAGAUCCUGAUGAACUUAUUCGGCGAGCACAUGGGGUCCGGUUUAAGACAGCUGAGCUGGAGGCCUUCGCGAGGGAGUAUGAAUUAAACAAACGUGAAGGGCAGGUGUGA